AUUUUGUGUCACCACAGGCUUCGAACGAAGUUGUUCUCGAACGCAGCGAAAAGGGGAGUAGUUUUGCCGACUUUAUUUUUGAGUGCUCAUACGUUUAAUCAGAUUAUACUGCCGUUUGAUUUGUUUAAGGCCUGCGGUGUUAAUACUUUGCACAGCUUCUGUGUCAGACUUCGUCUUGUUUACUCAUUGCUGUCGCAGCAGAGGUAGCAUUUAGCUUCUCGCUAACGAAGCUGUUACCGUGGGAGCAGCUAGCGUGCUAACGUGGCGAAAUGGCGGCGAACGCGGCGCAAACAGCCCCGACAGCUAACUGGUCCUACGGUGUUACUCCAGAAGGCCAGGUUCAUGAAAAUCCAGAAUGGGAGAAAGCACGAAAAGCACUAGCCUCAAUAAGCAAGAACCACAACUCUAAGACUACACAAGCCAGCCAUCCUACACCAGAGGUGGGCCAAUUUCAGCCUCCAGUAACUGAUUCCGCUGCCAUUCAACAGCAGCAGCAAUAUUAUCAGUGGUACCAACAAAACCAGCAGUAUCCUGGAUAUGCAUAUCCUUACAACUACUACUACCCCAUGGCUCCAUAUGGAGCUGCCUAUCCACCAAGUCAGUAUGGUGUACCUCCUGGGCCCUACCCAAGAACUCCUUCAAGUGGACAGCCUCCUCCAGUGCCUGGAAUGGAAGACCAAACCCCCAACUACCCUUCUCAGCCACAGCCACCUCCCCCUGCUACUCCGCAACCACCCCAGAGCCCAACUACCUCUGAGAAACCCCCUCCUCCUCCACCCCCACCUAUUCCUCCCCCACCCAACUCCCAAUACCCUCCUCCUCCAUCACAAAAUGGUUAUAAUGGCAACAACUCCAUGGUGUAUCCAUCUGGAGACACAAACCAAAUGCAGGUGUACAAUCACUCCCAAGUCAGACCCAUCUACGGACAGGGUUUCCAGGCCCAGAACACCUAUCAGCCUUCUCAAAAUACUUCCCAGCAACAACAGCAGCCAGGCCAGUAUGGACCUGGUCUUGGAAGAGCAGAGAAAAACAAAAACCAGAAGCAAGGACAGCAACUCUGGCACCGCAUGAAACAGGCACCUGGGACAGCUGCUGUUAAGUUCAAUAUUCCUAAGAGACCCUAUCAGGUUCAGUGUUCCCCUGUUUCCAAUCAAGCCUUCCCUCCAGGGGAGCAACCCUUGGGAUUAAGUCCAACUUCCCCUCCAACUAUUGCUGCCAACACUGCAUCUGGAGCUGCUCAGGGACGUCCUCAGGACUGGCCCUCAAGCAUGAAGGAGUACGUUCAGCGCUGCUUUACAGCAUGUGAGACAGAGGAAGACAAAGAUCGUACAGAGAAAGUGCUAAAGGAAAUUCUACAAGACCGGCUGAAGGAUGGUUCUGCUUACACUAUUGACUGGACCCGCGAGCCACUGCCAGAGUUAAGGAGCAAGCAGUCUCGUUGGGAGACUGUUCUUGGCCAAAGGACAUCAGACAGUUUAAAUACUCGUAGUGGAAGUAUAGUGACAGCUUCAAGAGGCAGAGGUGUUGGAUCCAGAUUGGGUCACUACAGGAAUAUUUUUUCUCAAAGGAGUCCUUCUUCGAGUUCCUCCCGUUCAUCUUCCCGCUCACCUUCCCCCUCAUACAGCCGCUACAGAGACCGCAACAAGAGGUACAAGCACAGUGAGUCUGACUCGCAGUCAGACAGCAGUGCCUCAAAUGAUCUACGAACUCAGCUGUCAAAACGAAAUCAGAAAGGAGCACGUGGCUGUGGUAAUGACCGGGAACGAGGACGGGGAGAGCGGGGACGAGGAAGAGGGGGAAAAGCAAACAGAGGAAGGCGAAACUUGGAAGAUUCUGGUGCAGGUAUUGGAAAGAAGAGGAAAGGUGGCAAUGCUGGGAUGGAUUUCCAUGACCCCAAUCGAGAAGCAAAGAAGCAAAAGAGAGCCGCUCGCUUCCACAAGCAGCUCCGCUUGGAGCCACUGGUUCUUUCUAUCACUUCACUGGACUUGCCUGAUGGAACACAGGAGGGCCUCAGCUGGGAGGAUUGUCCAAUCGUGGGAACUUGCCAGGACAUCACCAAGCCCUAUCUGAGGCUCACCUGUGCCCCUGACCCCUCCACAGUGCGCCCUGUGCCUGUGCUGAAAAAAUCUAUUCAAGCUGUGAAAUCUCACUGGAAAUUGAACCAGGAUUAUGCCUAUGCAUGUGAACAGAUGAAGUCCAUCAGACAGGACCUCACGGUCCAGGGAAUUCGUACUGAUUUCACAGUGGAAGUCUAUGAGUGCCAUGCACGUAUUGCUCUGGAAAAGGGUGACCAUGAAGAGUUCAACCAGUGCCAGACUCAGCUGAAGGCCCUGUAUAAGGACAGUCCAUCAGAAAACAUUGGAGAGUUUACAGCAUAUCGUCUGCUAUAUUAUAUAUUCACUAAAAACUCUGGAGAUCUGACCACUGAGUUGGUGUAUUUGACACCAGCUUUGAGAGCUGAUGAGUGUGUGUCUCAUGCUCUUGCGCUGCGUGCUGCCUGGGCUUUAGGAAACUAUCGACGGUUCUUUAAGCUUUAUCUGGAAGCCCCACGCAUGGCUUCAUACCUCAUUGACAAGUUUGUAGAGAGGGAACGAAAGCUUGCACUUCGGGCAAUAGUCAAAACGUUUAGGCCCGACAUGCCAGUGCAGCAUGUGCAGUCUACUCUGGCCUUCCCUUGUUUAGACUCCUGUAUGGCCUUUCUUAAUGGGCUAGGUGUCACCUUUACCCCCUCUGAUCCCAAAAAGAUAGACUGUAAAGCCAGCUCUGCUAUUUUGGCUGCCUGCUAAUGAGUUAGCAUAAAGGAGGGAGGUUAGAGACCAGCAUAGAUUUUUAAAUAAAUAAUGACACUGCACUUGCAUCACCUCAGAUUUGUGGUAGAGAAGUGGGCAAACUAGGGUUUUUUUUUGUUUUGUUUUUUAAAGAAGGGUAACAUAAAUGGUACUGCUGCAAGCAUCUAGACAUGAGAAUCUAGAUGUAAUCAUCUGACACUAAGGUGUAUAAACAUGAGGAAGUGUGCUGAAACACAGUAUCAGUGAAAUACUGUAUUUGCCCAAGUUAUGUCAGUACAUUGGUGAUGCUAGAAAAGUGUGAAGUUUUGGAUUAUCAUAUAGUGUCUGCACUGAAAGGCCCAGGAGUAUCAUAUCUGUCAGGGAGACCCUCAUGGUUCCUGUUCCUUUAUUGUCAUCAGAUGACAAAGCUAACAGUGUUCUGUUAUGUGUUUCCUCCCUCAAGUCAACAGCUCUGAGACCUGAAGAUUCAAGUGUUAUCUACUCAAAGGGAUCUGGAAAUUGAUGUUCAAGUCACUCCUCCAGCUCUCUCCUCACUUGUGGCAAGAGGUCAAAAGUUUUUGUAAAGACUAUGCUGUGAGAAGACACCAGAAAGUUUUGCCAAGAAGUGGUUUGUAAGUCUCGUUUGCUCGAAGUUCAUACAACUGGCGAUUCAUCCUGCUAAAUGAACUGUAUUUCUGAAGAGCUUUUCCAUCUGAGAGCACCCCCCCCCCCCCCAAAAAAAAAAAUAUAUAUAUAUAUAAUUGCAGAGUCCUGUUUCACACAAAAAAUGGACACAGAUGUCAAGAGAUGCAAGUCCAUCAGCUGCACACAGGACCAAUUUGGGAAUGAAGGACCUUGCUCAGGGGCACCUUAGUAAAGAUAAGGGUGUUGCUCACAUUCCCCACUCAAAUUUUUGUCUGACCAGUCAGGAUCAAACCUACGAAGCUGCUUCUCUGACCUUCAGGCCGCUGCCACACCCAUGUUUUUCUCUUCGCCAGGCGUAUGGACUGAAAUAGGAAGUCUUGUUCCUGAUUUUAAUUUAGUAUUUAUUUGACUUUCUGCUCUCGUCACGUGAAGUCGUUUAGUCAGCGUUGGGAGAAAUCUCAACCUGAGCAGUGACUGUGUGAUGAUUCAGGCAAGUGGUCUUCAUCAACAUGAUCUCACGUCUCCAUAGUUUUGGAAAAAGCCACCUGAUCCCAGAGCAGCCAUUGGCUGAAGAAGGAAAGCCUGCUUCUUCUUUCUCCAUAGGUGUAGGUUCCUACCAUGAUUUGAAAGGAAUCUCUGCUCACUGUGAACUGAAAUAGAUGAAGUACGCGUUACCAUUAAGAUGAAGUGGCCCCCUGCAGUGGUGAAGUGGCCCCUUGCAGAUACAGCUGCAGGCCAAAGCUGAAGAAAUGCUGUUGGUUCGUGACGGAAUGAUGAGUGGUUUGUAUCCUACAUGUUGUUCUGGUGUCUGUGAGGCUGGUAAGAGAAAAGGACUUUUAAUUGGAUGGUUGAAUCACAGACGCAUUAAUUUGCCUGCAUUGAUUGCUUAAUGGUUACCCUCUGUCUUUAGGUGUCCCUUCCGCCUAAAUAGGUGCAAUAACACAAAAAAGUUAUUCUGCAUCUUAUUCAAAAUUAUCAGUCAGUGAUCGACAAACUGAGUAUCCCUCACCUUUUCAAAAAAAAGAUGUAGUCUGUAGGUUCCUAGAAAAGUUCCUGCUAAAAUGUGUUCUGAUUUAAUUAUGACAGCUGGGGAUGUUCGGAUGUCAAACUGGUUAGCCACACUGGUGUUUUUGAUGAUUGGUAACUGCUUUUUGCAUCCUGAUCCAAUCCCAAUUUUUCAUCUGCGUUAGACAUGCCGGCAGCAAUAAACCUCGAGUCUGCUGCACUGUGACAAGGCCUCUGUGACUGACGGAGGAGACGUUCCAAGGUGUUGCAUCAGCACACGAGUCACAUGUUGAAUUUUGGCACUUUCCAGAUGUGAUUUCUGUGUGUUUAAAUUUGGACUAAUCAUCAGUGUUGGGCAGUGAGGUACCUCCACAAUAAAAACAAGAAAUGUAUCGAACUCAUCAGAGUGGAGUUGAAUUAGUUUUAACUAAUACGUGAGUGGGAGUAGCAGAGAAAGACGAGGAUAAUUUGGCGACUAAAUAAACUAGAGCUCAUGAAGAGCGGAGGCUGGAUUGUUUUUGUCACUGCUGUAAAAUAUUACCAAUGUAAUGCCGCAGUAUUUUGUUGCUGCAGCGGUUUCAUUCGAACUUUUAAAUAGUUUGUUUGAGCGUGCUGUGAGGACUUCUGAUCGCUUUGUUAAAGAUUGAGAAUGACCUCAUGAGUGGCUGACAAGCUUGAUCGAGACAUCCCCUUUGGAAAGUGUUUAAAAGGUGUUUUUGGUCCAAUACUUACAGUAGUGAAAUUAUUUUUGUAAAAUUACAAAAAAUAAAUAACUUAAGCUAUUGCAGUAAAAAACCACAAGCGUAUGAUACUGAAUUUUUUUUUCUUUUUUUUUUGUUCCUCCUCAUCUGGUCCAUUUAUCUGGCUCAUUAGUGCUUAUCAGGGUCUCUUCAUCCCGGGAGCUUUUCUUAAGAUGUUUUUUAAUAUUGAUUGGCACACAAUCCAUGAUGAUAAAUUGUAGGAGUUGGGCAGCUGUUAAAUGUUACAACACAAUCCAAAUUUGAACUAAAUGAAGUGGUCCUUCACAUUUGCCUGAGUGGUUUUGUUUGUGAUUCAUAUCCUGUAGACUUUAUGGGAGUGCAGAGAACACAUGAACAGUGUUGUCAACAUAGAAUUUGAGGUAUUUAAUGUAUUGUUGAAAAUUUUGUUCAGACUAUAUAUAUUUUUUGUAAAUAUUGUGAUAUUGCUGGGAUUUCUUUCAGUUGGUGCAUAGAUAGUUGAGGUGUUUUUGUUCACACAUGGGUAAGUGUGAUAUAUAUUUUUCUCCUUUUGCACAUUGAUGUAAAUAUGUAAAUUGAUAUAUUGCAUGUUUUGCAGGGAUCAUUUAGUUCAUUCCAGUGUGGCAGGUUAAUUGUGAAUCCAGUCACUAAUUUCUGCUGGUAGAUCACAGGCUUUCAAUGUUUCGCCUUCUAAUUCUAAUAUGAAUGUAUUACCCCCCAAUUUUAAUGUUCUGUGCUUGGAUCAACAAAAAAGCUUGCCUUCUUGUAUCUGGUACAUUUUUAUUUUAUUUUUUAUUUUUGAGCAGUUCAAUGUUGACACAUUACAGUUUGGAUACCUUGUUGAAUCCUAACAGUGCAAAGGACAAAAAUGUCAUAUGAUCCAUAUUUACUUGCAGUGUUUUGUCAUUUCAGCAGCAAAUGUAGGAUGAAUGCUGAACUCACUUAUUUUUUUUCUUUCCCCUUCAUUUACCUUCCCUCACUUUUCUCUGCUAUUCCCUUCCUUCGCUCUAUAAUUUCUCACACGCCACCAGACCUCGCCAUCUGCAGUUUGUGGCACGGCUGCAUUGCAGGAGUAAAAGGAGCGAUGUGAAAAUGGCAAACCGCCUCAGCUGCUGACCCCAGCCGGAGAGUGAAUUUGGAUCUGGACAUGCAGAACAAUCUUGAAGUUUCAUUUACAUUCAACAGAAGAACACUUGAUUUUUGUCUGUGUAUUCUAAUUUAGGCAGAUUGUCAUUUUAAUUUUCAUUGAAAUGUCUUUUCCAAGCUUUAAAAGAAUUUUGUUUGAGGUUAUUGUUGCAGCUGAUUCUUGUAAAUUUUUUUUUAGAUUUUAAUUGUUUAACACAGGGUUAUGUCAUGAGGUUUUCAGUGUAUAAAAGCCCAGGAUAUGUCCAUAUCUGUUUUUUGAAAAUUCACUUUGAACGACUAACAAACUUCCACUUCCCCUUGCCCCCCACCCCCAUGCUUGCUUUUUCAGUUUUGUUUUUUUCCCCUCUCCUUCCAUGUAGUUUACCUCAGUCUUUAUCCUCUUCCUUGAUAUCGGACACACUGUCACAUCUAUUUAUUUCUUGUCAUUUGUCUCGUUUAAAUGUUUUUUUCUUAUCUAUACCCGCAUGUCCUCCUUUCCUCCUGUCAACCUCUAACCAGUAUUCUUUCAUUCUUUUCCUUUGUGUGCUUGUGACUGAUUGCUGUGUGCAACUAGUCAGUCACUAGUAAGUAUUGUAUUUCCUCUGCAGUGCUUGAAUAGUUUGUUGCAGCUAACUGACUCUAUACCUACUUAAUAAUCUACAGAUUUGAUAUGAACUGCCAUUUUUGUAAAUACUGUCUGUGUACAUACAUUUUC